AUGACUCUUCCGAUUGCCAACCUGGAAACGUCAAGCGACGACGUAUGUACGAUCUGUUUCUACGAUGCUGGAGCUAGCAUGCGAUGCCUACCGACGAAGAUCUCCGGGUACUUUUCUACUCCGGUCGAGGGCGUCCGUGGAGACGCGAUCCUAGGGCAUCCUCGGUACAGGAGAGCAGUAAGAAGAGGGCAUGAAACGGCUAGGAGAUUUGAGCAACUCAUCCGCUCCGUGGGCAAUAAGAGAGCCAAGAUUACCGUAUCGCCCAUCGGUAUCGUCGGAGGUUAUCCUCAAAGCUAUCAUGAAUGGGCCACAAAGCGAAUCGCCUACUUCGUCGAGACCAGAUUUGACUUUCCGACUUUUCUGACCCCGGCGAGCAUCGUGUCCUCUAUGCAAUGGCUGCACUUCGCUGGACCAUCCUCGAAGGCUGCGCUCCAAGAUCUUUUGACUUCGGGCUUGCGCAAUGUCACUAUCCUAUCGGGAAUCUGUUUGUUCUCCGCCAAGGCCAUGGCCAUGGCUACUAAGGACGUGCCGAUUAUCAACCUCGAAAGUGGGCAAUGCAACGGAGCUACACUCUACGAGCUGGAGUACAUUGCCCGUAGUGCUCCGGCCAUUGCCGAUAUUGCCAUCGCCUCCCAACCUGCGGCGGAGCAAACUGCUCAUAUCAAUGGACACAAAGCCUACCAGCCGCUCCAGAUUUGCUUGGACAUUCCCAGUUUCCAUUACUACCAGACGGUUGACGACCUAUUGCGGUCUGGUCGUUGUGAGUUCGCUGAGGCUCUGCAUUGGCUACGUGCUAUAGAGGAGCACCAUCAGCAGAUCUCGCAUGUCUUCCGUGGUUAUCUCCACGUCGAGCUACUGCGACGAGACCCGUCCAUCAAACCAUGCGCUAUCAGCGUCACCCCCGGGGGUGAGAGAAUUCUCACGACUAUCCGCAAGUCACUCAUGAUGCGUACGCUUCCAUCGGUGCAAAACGCCAUCGACGAUCUCAGUGCCCACGAACCAGCCUGGACGCGAUUCAUGCAAUUUGUGCCCGACGCGGAGAAGCCAAAGGAUUUCAGAGCACUGGGCCAGAUGUUCUAUGUGUACCAGGUGGUACGACACGCCUUGGGUGAAGAGUCAGCACAAUCGGACUUAUUGAUCAGUGUCGAGGACAGCGCCGAACGCGGUGUAUAUUCUCGAGCUCAAAAGCUUCUCAAAAGAAUCCGAGAAUCUACUUGCGCACCCUCGCCUGUACUACUAGAGACAUACCUCUGUCCGCGUGUCUUUGUCGACAACAACGCUCACGGAUCGGAGCUGUAUGCACACGACCCGUAUCCGGCGUCAGUCUACGAGAAAUGCAACUCAGAUAGGGAUAAACCGCUUCCUGGCAGUUCAGGAACGCCCUCCAACCGAGACUGUUCUAGUAGUCGAAGCGAUGUCGCACCGGACAAGGAUGGGACGCUGUUGGAGCUGGACAGUUUGAAGGUGAUUGAGAGGUUGUAUGGCGAGAGAUCGGCUGCGCUGCUGCGGGAACUGGGUAAAGAGCUCAUUCCCAGCAAGAUACCAGGCUAUACGCUCGCAUCAACCUUCGUCGCACUUGGUGGCAUACUAAACGGAUUCGACACAGGCUCCGUCGGCGCCGUCACCGAAAUGCCUUCCUUCACCCAUACAUUCGGCCACCUCACACCCACCAUGCGCGGCUUCACCGUCUCUCUAAUAAUGCUCUGCGGCGCCAUCCCAGCAACAGUCGCCGGCUAUCUUGCCGACCGCUUCGGUCGCCUCCGCAUCAUCAUCGUCGGCGCCAUUCUUUGCACGAUUGGCUGCGUGCUCGAAUGCGCUGCCUCCCAUCUCAGUCUCUUCCUCGUCGGCCGCGCAUUGAUGGGGAUCGGUCAGGGUUUCGCGCUCACCAACAUUGGAGUGUAUAUCUGUGAGAUCGCGCCGAGUCGAAGUCGUGGUAAGUUUGUGUCGCUCCCGCAGUUCGGCGCUGCGCUGGGGGUUUGCGUUGGUUAUUUCUCGUGCUAUGGGAGUAUACACAUCAAUGGCAAUAUGUCAUGGCGUCUGCCGUACAUACUGCAAGCCGCGCUGUCCAUGGUUUGGGCUGCGGGAUCGUUCUUCCUACCCGAGAGUCCGCGAUGGCUCAUCUUGCACGGGCAAAGAAGUCGGGCGAUGCAAGAGCUCAAGAAGCUGGACUUUGAAGCCGCGGAGGCGGAGAAGGACGUCUUGCGCCCCACGGAGAACGCCAGCCCGGAAGAGCAAACAUGGCUCGCGGUGUUCAUCCUGUCGUUCGUUCAGUUGAGCGGUAUCGACGGCGUCCUUUACUACGCCCCGACCAUCUUCGCUCAAGCCGGAAUCCCCUCGCAAACCGCAUCCUUCCUCGCCUCGGGCGUCUCCGCCAUCCUUAUGCUCGCCUUCAGCAUUCCCGCCACCAUCCUCGCAGACAAAUGGGGUCGUCGCACGUCCGCCAUCUGCGGCGGCGUCAUCCUCUCUGGCACGAUGCUUCUUAUCGGCUCGCUGUACGCCGCGAACGUCGUGCAUUCAAAUGGAGCAGCGCGCUGGAUUGUCAUCGUCUCGGUCUUCGUCUUCGCAAUUGGAUACGUCUCCACGUGGGCUAUCGUGGGCAAGAUCUACGCGUCUGAGAUCCAGCCUACAAGGACGCGUGCGACGACGAACUCAAUAGCCACGGGCGGUAGCUUUCUUGCGAAUUGGCUCGUUGCGUUCGCGACACCUAUCUUCCUCGCGAGAUCGGCGUACGGCGCGUACUUCCUCUUCGGCGCGAUUGCGCUUUUGACGCUCGUUGUACUCGCGACGUGUAUGCGCGAGACGCGGGGCUUGUCGCUCGAGGAUAUCCAGGUCUCGUUCGCGCAAGCUUCGUCGCGGUCGUUUAGCGUUCCUCUAGGCUUAGUACGAAGGCGCGGUUUCGUGACGUAA